AUGCCAGCUAUGGCAAGGACGAGCGAGCCUAAGCGCAAGGUGACUCCCCCGUCGCCUUCGUACAUGACUGAGGACCAAUUCGCCACCUACCUCGCAGGUCUCCGGUCAAACCGUAUGUCUAGACCUGGAGGUGCACGACCUCAACCAGCUAGUGCACGUCCAGUCCCCAGCCGUUCAAGCUUGAACCGCAAUAGCACUGGCCGAUUCACGCCUGAUAUUGCCUCUCCGCCCGAAACCGCACCGCCUGUUCUUGACCGCAAAGCCUCAGAGAGCCCCAGCAUUGCUGGAGGUAGUCUUGCCUCCCGCUACUCGACCAUCAGCAGAAAAAGUCCAGACUACUAUCCAACGUCCACCGCGAGCCCCUUAAGGCCGUCAGAUGUCGUACCUUCAGCCACUUAUAUGGAAAGAGGCCAAAGAUGGAUGGAGAAGGAGGAAGCAAGCUCGUUGCGCGACGCCAUGGAGGAGAUGGAUAUACGCAAGGGUACAAAGUCGCCUGUACAGGAAGCACCUGAGGAUGAUACUCGAAUAUACAACGCUGCUCUCGAUGAAGCCGCUGAGCUCGUCUGGCAACACCAACACGGCACACCUUCCCCUCGUCCCGAUGGGCCUUACCGCUACAAGUCACACCUCAGAAGGAACAGCUACGCCCAUGCUCGUACCGCUAGUGUCAACGGUCUUCGGGACGACUUCGAAGAUGUCGGCGGCGAAAAGCGUGAUAGCCACCCUCCUCUAGAACAGAGGCAGCCAAGCGAGCAGACUGUUCAAAAGAGCAAGACGUACGGCAACGUUGGACGUUCAGACAAGACACCGGACCACCGUCGCCAAGGGAGUCUCAAGAGGAACAUCAGUGGAGAGGUUGGUCGGCCAUUCACUGAGGACCAGAUCUGGGAAGAGCCUGAAGCUCCAGCUCCAGCCCCGAUAUCGAACAACAUGAACUAUUCUGGUCGCGCCUCCCCGGAGAAGCUCAGCAGCAGAGCUCAGACGUCAGCAAACCGCGUCCGCUUUGAACCUCCCAAUGAGGAGUCCGACAAAACAAAACCACUCGAGCGAGUUGAGAUAUAUCGCAACCCUCCUACACGCUCCCGCAACCCACUAUACACCAGAAACCGCUCCAGCGAGAGCCCCGUCCCUGUUGACGACAAGGUGGAAAGAAAGAAUGGCAUGGAAGUACGGAGCGACGAUAUCCGCGCGGCCACGAGUAUGCGCUUGAAAGAUCGCAGCCCUAACCUCCCGGAACCCACCGCCGUCAGUGACAGUCCGGGACGGCCUAUUGUAAGCUUCGCAGCCAACUGGCAAGCCCCGGACGAGUCCACUGAUAAGACCCUAGACCGGUCGCUACCGGCAACCCCCAACAGAUCUUCCUCCUCCAUCGCCCAGCCGAAGAAACCCAUGGCGAUACCUAGUAUCGUGGUGGCGGAGGAAAGUACGACGAUGCCCAGGGCCUCGACGGGAACGCCGAUCCCGUCGAUCUGUGUAGACGAGACAAACGACAGCCAUGGAGGCUCAGUGCCUUCGAUCAACAUCCCAAGCAUCGCUGUCGACGAGGCUCCGAGCAACGGAGGUAGUAUUCCUGCCAUUGUGGCCCCUGAUAAUAAGCCAGCUUCCGGCCCCCGCCCGCUGCCUCAGCCUGGCGCCAGGGCAGCACCCCGUACGGCCCAGAAGCCCCGUGGGCACUGGUCCCCCGCGCCUGGCAGCAGCAGGAGAGCUGUAACAAUCUGCCACGAAUGUGGUUUGCCCAUUGACGGGCGGUUCGUCGCUCUGGCGGGAAGCAAUGAACGAUUCCAUCCACAGUGUUUCAGCUGUUAUACUUGUGGCACUAACCUACAGGCGAUGGAAAUUAGCCAUGAGCCCGACCACCUUCGACAGGAACGACUUGAUCGUAUCAACCGCCGCGCAGCUGGCGAAAUCCUCGAAGAGGAGCCGGGCAAGACCAUGGCCGAGGAUGGCGAUGAGCGUCUGCGAUUCUUCUGCCAUCUCGACUGGCACGAGCUGUUCGCCCCUCGCUGCAAGCACUGCCAGACUCCUAUUCUUGGCGAGCAUAUCGUCGCUCUCGGGGCUCACUGGCACUACGGUCACUUCUUCUGCGCCGAGUGCGGUGAUCCUUUUGGCCAGGGUAUGACACAUAUCGAGAAAGAUGGAUACGCGUGGUGCAUCAACUGCCAGACAAAGCGUACGGAGCGACGCGCGCCCAAGUGCAGGAAAUGUCGGGUAGCUGUCAUCGGACAAUACAUUCAGGCUUUGGGCGGAGAGUGGCAUGAACACUGCUUCCGAUGCGCAGAAUGUCAGGGCGGCUUCGACGACGGUCAGAUCUUCACCAAGCACGUGCCUGAAGGCACUAUCGUGCUCUGCACUGGCUGCCGAGCAAUGGAACUCAAAGCGUAA